AUGAGAAACUUUCUACAGAUUCUACUCAUCUUACAAAUUAAUUCAGUUUGUUCGGUAUGUAAAAUGCCAACAGGAUGGUUCGGCUUGUGGUACCAACGUGGCAUGAAUUCUCUAUUAGAGAUAGCCGAUGAUCGAAUCGAAACGAAAGGAUUAUGUGUAGAUGUUUUAUCUUCGCAUCAGUAUUAUCUCUUUCUUGACCGACUCAAUCGAUGUACGCGAUGUUUAGUUUUCAUCCAACGACAUAUGAAUUUACUUCAGUAUCGCGAAAGUGAAUGUAAUGAUCCAGAUGAUUUAGUAAACAUUACUUUAUGUCCAAAUCUAAUCGCUCCUGAUGCUGCGCUGUAUACACUACAUCGAAAAAAUUCUACUCCACAGCUAUGUCCUAUUCAACCGCCAUUCCAACUGUUAAGUCUAAUCAAAGAUGGCUCAGUCUGUCAUCAAUCGAUCUCAUCGUCCUAUUUGAAUGAAUGUGCUAACCCCUACAAACUCCAGCUUCAUCUAUCUCCUUGUUCAGUCUACCAAUCAAUUCUUGAUUUUCAGUUUAUGUGUGUCGGGACAUGGAUUGAAGACUUUCAUACGUAUUUCGUUACUCGAAUUCUUUCCGACAAGCCACAUCACAAUCAAUAUGCGUGUUUCAGUUUUUUGACUAAACAAAAAUCGUCUCCAUCACUCUCUCUUCACAUGGCUACAGAUGAUUCAUGUCAUGAUCUAUAUUCCAGGCAUAUAUCAACUGUGAUAACAUUCUCAAACAAAAAUCAUUCAAUCAAUGAUGAAUGUUCCUUUCCGAAGCAAUUUCAAUCCCAUCAAUGGUUUUCAAUCGAUCGAACAAUCCGAAUGAUAAUAAAAACCAAUAAUAUAGAAUUUCUCGGCACCGAUCACCGUUUUCAUUGUCAACGAAUGAUCCAUUCUGAAAAAUCAUUCGCCAUCUAUUCUAUACGGUCAUUUACCAAUUGUCAUACGAAACAAGAAUGUCUUCGAAUAACCCGUCGAACCGGCAAUGUACUCGAACUACAUACAUUUCCUUUGUCACACGACAGAGAUUGUGAUGCUUUCCAUGAGAAAAAUUUCAACUUUUUUCACACAUUUUUCACUCAAUCAGUGCCAAUGUCAAAUCCAUGCCCAAAGUCCAUAGGUCACUUGGUGUAUCACGCCUCAAUGGAUGAUCAUUAUCGAAGAAGAUCGCUUCACAUGUCGAUUGGUUGUGACGAUAAGGACAAAUUAACCAUUUCCAAGGAAUCACGAGAUCGUGAAGAAAAAUCCAUUAUUCAAAUUGAUACAUGUCUUGCAUCUUGGCAAUCGGAUGAUUCUCUUCUGACGUAUCUGAUCGUUCAAUCAUCAUUUUCCAAUGCAUCUUACUGCCUUAGUUUUCAAAUGACCAAUCCAGUUUUGAUUCAAAAUAAUAGUAACGAAUGUUCUUUGCGUCAAACAAAAGCAAGUUCUAUCUAUGCGGCUCACCUAACAAAUCCAUGUUCUCAAUCAUCCACAAUCGUGUGUAGUUUUCUCCUAUCGAUAAUGACAAUCAUUUUAUAUCUCGAAAAUAUCAUUUAG